AUGAGACAUGUUAUUUAUCAACGCAAAUCAGCAAGAGAAGUAGCACGAGAUCCCUCUACUAAUACUUUCUUAACUGUUGAGCAUACUGAUAAAGAAACUGAUAACAGUAGUAGGAAUGAUGAGCGAGCGGAAACUAACAACUUCAAAGUUCUGCGGACAAAAAGCCAUGGGUCUCAAUGGAUAAAUUCGGAAUUUUUACUGGAGCGGGUUACUCAGCGGCAAGUGUCGUAUUUCUGUGCCAGAGUCGAAACGGAACGCUUGCUUCAAGAACCUGCACCCGGCAUUAGUGCGACACCUCAUGAAGAUAAUUUACGUUAUUUUGAUGUUAUUAUCGCUGGACCUAGUCAAUCCCCUUUUGAAGGUGGUGUUUUUAAUCUCGAACUCUUUCUUCCCGAAGAUUACCCAAUGGCCCCUCCAAAGGUCAGAUUCUUGACUAAGAUAUACCAUCCUAACAUCGAUAAACUUGGUAGGAUUUGCUUAGAUAUUCUUAAAGAUAAAUGGUCUCCCGCAUUGCAGAUUCGUACCGUACUUCUCUCUAUACAAGCUCUAUUGUCUGCCCCAAAUCCUGAUGAUCCGCUGGCGAAUGAUGUGGCUCAACAUUGGAAAGAAAACGAACAAGCUGCCAUUGCUACUGCUCGAGACUGGACUCGAAGUUACGCGCAAGGCUAA